UGGACACUCAGACUUGUUCUGCAAGCGAGCGUUCUGCGUGCAGAAAGCAGAGCGCACCUUGAGAGCUCGUCGCUGUCGAACACCAUCCUCAUCGCUGGCACCUUCGACCAGAAAGCUCUGAGAAUCGUCCCGCACUCCGGACCUCUUGUUGCUGCGAGCGCGCCACCUGCGGGGAACAAUUGCAAGGGGAAGCAAUAAGCUGAUACCAACGACCGUCACUUUUUUCGAUCGAGUCUACGCCUUGUCAGUCAUGCACGAAUCAGUGCGAGGCUAUGCCUCCUCUUCCAGCAAUCUCAUGACUGUCAGCCAAGCCAGAUACGCCAAUAGAUGGCGCUUCGCUCCCACGCGCUGCUGCGGCUUACCGACAGCCAGAACGGCCACGCUGCUGCUCGCCGCCUUGGGUCUGAUCUCCCACAUUCGACUAUUUUCAGCCAUGGGCGCGCUUCAAGAUAGUUUCCCUUCGGUGCCUUUGGCUGCUGCUCGAAAGCCUUCGCUGCUCCCAGUCGCCGUCGCCCCACUUGCGCUCACGACCACUGCGACUCCUGCGCAUGAAGACGCGCGUCGCCCACCACUUCAGUCCUCACCCUUCUUGUCUUCCUCCUCGAGCCACAACACAGCGGCAGCCUCUGCAUCUACAAGCGAGCCGGAAACUUGGGCGUGGCACAAUCUUCUACCGCACUACCAUGCAGCUUCUACCGAGACCUCUCAAAAGCUGCGCGUCAGCCAGACGGCGGAUGGAGGUCGGGAAAGGCGGAAUUGGGACUCUGCUAGAUUGGUGACGAAGACUUUGAGAGUGUACGCGCUGUUGAGUGCAGCUGCUAGUCUUGCCGGUAUUGUUGGCGUGCUCAAGCCCUCCUUGUUCGCCACUCGCAUCUUCGUCCUUUCCUCCUUUCUCGAUCUCUUCCUCUUUACGCUCUCUCUGCUCGCGCUGCUGAUCUUGCUGACCAAUGCCGAGAUCAGAUCGCAGCUUUGCGAGUUCCUAAGCGCCGGCUCCCUCAGCUCGGUGUGGGAUGGCGGCAUGACAGGCAAGAGCGAAGGCGCUGGUGAACCAAGCGCAUGGGAACGGCUCUUGGAAGAGACUUUUACGGAUGAGAAUUGCGACGAUGCUUUCACGAGGGAUGUGAUUCCUAUCGUAAUGUUGGCUAGCUUGCUCUAUACAGCUGUGCGGCUGUAUUGUUUCUUGGUCAUUCACCGCUGGUACAUGCAGCUCUUGCGAGCGCGCAUUCACCACUACUUUCCUUCAUCCUCCGCACCGGGCAUCACCGCAUCCGACUCGCCGCGCAGCAGCAGCUCGCCUCUUCUCGCCUUGCCACCGCGAACAUCCACGAGCAGCAGCGGUCGAAGCAGCACGUAUCCCAGCGGAGACGAAGCUUCGCACGCAAAUGCCGCCUGCAAGCAAUCCAGAUGGCCUUCUGCAUCCAAAUACAGCAGAAGAGGCGACGAGCAGCCACGCAGCUCCAUCGACGAGAAGCUUGCCUAAGCCUCCUCCAGCCUUCGUUCGAAUGGCGUACAGUGCUCAUGUCCACGGCCUACUGGUCACCUAUGGUAUACCCCCAAUUCUUGUCGACAGCUCCUUCAUACUCGUUGCGGUCUUACCAUCACGAUUUAUUUCUUCAAAACAGGUCUCCAGCGCACACAACGAGCCUUGCCAUCGACGAGCAAUUCAAGCAGUACCUUUGCUCAGAAGUGUGCCGGCAGAUCGUUUCGCGCGUCAGACCGUCUCAGGGACCAGCUCGAGAACGGCCUCAAGUAGGCAG